UAUCAGUUCUUUUGCAACAAUCAAAUACACAGCAGCAAGAGAUUCUUAGAUUUUUUUUUGUAUAAAAAAACUUUUUCCUUCAAAGCAAAAGAAAAGAAUUCACAUUGAAAAUGAAAUAUCUUUUAGGUUUCGCUGUUAUUGCCGCUGUCUUACCAGGAUUUUGGUGUGCAUGCAAAACUAUUGAAGAAUUGGAUCAAUGUGCAUAUGAAAUUAGUUUUCUAGCUAAUCGUAAUAUUAAAGUACCAACUAAUGAUGGUGAAGUUAUUGGCAUGUGCGACAAUGCUAAAAAAGGAUUAAAAUGUUUGGCUGAUCAUGCACGUGAAUGUGCUAAAGGUGCAUUGAAAUCCAUUACAAUCAAAGUAAUGAAUGAUCUUGAAAAUCAUUUACAUACACGUUGUGAUAAUCCGGCUGAACGAGCCGAAUUCUUGAAACAUGUUGGCUGUUUUUCUGAUAGUUCUAAAGCCGAUCCUAUACGAUUAUGUGCUGAUAAACAUAUGGUCAUGAUGGAAAAAGUUUCAAACUUUCCAAAACCAUUAAGACUUGGUGGAGCUUGUUGUAGUUCGCAUGCAUUACGCGAAUGUGCCAUCAACCAUAUUACAAAUCUAUGUAGCGGUGAAACAGGCGAUUAUUUCAACGAUAUGAUCAGUGAUAUUGCUGAAGAAAAUAUUGAAUUGGUUUGUAAAGAAUAUUCAUCAUUGGAAAAAUGUGAUGCUAAAUAUGAUCCAGCUACAUGGGGUGAUCUUAAAGCUAUUAUGGCAUCCGAAGAUGCAGCAAUAACAGGUCAACAUCAAUACAAAACGAUCGGAAUAACAUCGAAUACAUUAUGGGCAGCUUUGGUUGAUUUAAGUAAAAUUUAUCAGGUUUCAGAAGAAACUAUCAAUUAUCUUGCAACAUUUUCAUCGCUUGGUUAUCUCAUCGGAUCAUUAAGUGGAAUAAUUUAUAAAUGGCUUAAUCGACAAUUCGUACUCAUAUGUAUGGUGUCUUUGAUCGCGUUAUCAAUGACUUUCGUUCCAUAUUAUGGUUCGAUCUACCUGUUGUUCGCUGCGAUAACAUUGAAUGGAAUUGGUGGUGGCUCAUGGGAUAGCUCUAACAAUAUCUGGCUUGUUGAAAUGUGGCCAGAUAAACAUGCUUCGGUAAUGCAAUCCUCACAAUUUAUGUAUGGCCUUGGUACAAUUAUUAGUCCGGCUCUGAUUUCACCAUAUGUAUCCGGAAAUUCUACACAAAUGACGCCAUCAGAAAGAAUAAAAUCACUUAGUUUACCGUUCACAGUCGUUGGUGUGAUACAAAUAUGUGUGCCUAUCAUUUUGCUGAUAUUAUUCUUCAUACGAAGAUAUCGUAAACCCGGUGAUUGUGAUAAUGAUGAAGAAAAUAAUAUCGAAGUAAUCAAUAGCAAUCAUAUUAGUCAAUUUCAAUCAUUACGAAAAUUCAAGCUCAUUCUAGUUGCAUUGCUUUUAGGCACGUAUGAUGCAGCCGAAUUGGGUUAUUUUUAUUAUUCGCCAACAAUGUUACAACAUUUGUCUGUUGAACCAUCUGAAGCUGCUCAUGUUCUUUCAGUUUUAUCCGCUGCUUAUACGAUUGGUCGAUUAGUUACGGCAUUUAUUUCUUUAAAAUUGACGCCUGAUAUAAUUAUGACCUAUCAUUUUGUCAUAAUAAUUGUAGCACAAACUUGUCUUUAUUUUGGACGUCAUAAUCGAACAAUCAUCUAUAUUACAACCGUUUUACUUGGUUACGGUUUUUCAGCUAUGUGGCCAGCUAUUUUAGCAUUUACUGAACGUCAUUUUAAACUAUCUAAUCGAAUCGGUUCAUUGUUAUUCUUUUUUGCCGGAUUGGCAACAAUUUUUACACCAUUUUUGAUUGCUAAAUAUUUGGAAACAUGGCCAGAAGUUUUAUUUGUAUUCGAAGGAAGCUAUCUAUUGGCCAGUAUUAUUUUAUUCAUUUCGGUCAAAUUAUUGUUAAUAUUUCGACCAUAAUUUUGCCUAACUAAU